AUGCCAGUGGCAUAUGACGAAUAUGAUAAAUAUGAUGAAGAACCUUCUAAUGAAAAAUAUGGUCAAGAUGACUCUUCAAGUGAUAAGCAAAACACUGAAAUUAUUUUACAGAAUCCAAAAAAACGAUGUAAUAGAGGAAGACCACUAUGCACAAAAUAG